AUGGAUACCUCCUCGAUCCAGCUCCUCGACUACUCCCUGCAGUAUCAGUGGUGCUCCGACUCGGACCUCUCCAGCAUCUCCUCUCCGGACACUCUCUCCCCCGUCACCUCCAUGGACUCCAGCCUGUCCCCGUCCUACCAGCAGCUGCCUCAGUCCACCACCAGGGCGGCCAAGACCGGAUACUCCCAGAGCCUCAAAUCCUCCCAGUGCUCGUUGUCCAGAAGGGGCCGGAAGUCGGGUCGAGCACCCCGGAUCCGGAGCAAGCAGAGGGAGAGCGCCAGCGAGAAGGAGAAGCUGCGGAUGAGAGAUCUGACCAAAGCUAUGCACCACCUCAGAUCCUACCUCCCGCCCUCUGUGGCGCCCGCGGGUCAGACCCUGACAAAGAUUGAGACCCUCCGCCUCACCAUCCGUUACAUCUCCUACCUGUCGGCGCAGCUGGGGCUCAGCGAGGAGGUUCUGUUUCAGAGGCGGGAGCACGGGGACACGUCAGCCAGCGACGCCUCCUCGCCCGACAUCCUCAGCUACUUCCAGCACGCCGCCUCCAUGGAGGGACACGAGACCCAGAGCCUGAACCUGCAGGACCAGAGCCUGAACCAGGGCCUGUACCCAGAGCAGCGUCAGGACGCCCUACUGCACUCUGGGAGUUGUGGUUUUGGAGGUGAUCAUUACUUCGAGGCUCCUCAGAGGGACUUGUUCCUGCAGACGCCGCCGCAAACUCAGCCGUGCUGUCAGAUGAGUGGCAAAGACUUCUGCCUCCCGCUGGUUCCCAGAGAGUACUGGGGUUAA